AUGUUCAUUACAACGCUCAUAUUUCUUUUUGCACUAACAAUAAUAUAUAAUAUAGCCCAUGAUCCAUUAUCAGUUUCCGUAGGAUUCUCUAUAAUAGGAGGUUUAAUAACAUGUAAACUUGUGCCAGAAUUCAAAGAGAGCUUCAUAAAAGCAAAAUUAACAGGAAAGGACUUGGCUAAAGACGACAAAGAACCACCAAUUCCUGAAUGUAUGGGAGUUAUAUGUGCAACAGUAUAUCUUGUGUGUAUGUUUUUCUUUAUACCAUUUCCGUUCAUGGAGUGGUUUUCGGGUAAAGGUAAAAUUUCGCAAAGUGAAGAGUUCCACGCGCCAACAUUCCCGCAUCAUAAAUUGGGCGAAUUUUUGGCAGCAAUGCUAUCUCUUCAAUCGAUGACUUUCCUUGGGUUUGCCGAUGAUAUUUUUGAUAUCAGGUGGAGGCAUAAAUUGUUUCUUCCAGCUAUCGCUUCGAUACCCAUAUUGAUGGUUUAUUAUGUGAAUUUUGGUGUAACACACAUAGUGGUACCGAUACCUCUGCGCUUUAUAUUUGGACGAAUUAUAGAUUUAGGUUUUUUAUAUUAUGUAUACAUGAGCAUGAUGGCAAUAUUUUGUACAAACUCUAUUAAUAUCCUCGCUGGAAUAAAUGGAGUGGAGAUAGGUCAAUCCUUGGUAAUUGCGUGUUCUAUAGCUAUCAAUGACUUUCUUUUCUUGAAUGAUGCUGAUCCAGCCGUGGAGGCACACUUAUUCUCCCUGUAUUUUAUAUUGCCGUUUAUUGGGGUUUCAUUUGGUCUUAUAAUUUAUAAUUGGUAUCCUUCAGAAGUUUUUGUUGGUGACACGUACUGUUAUUUCGCUGGAAUGACUUUUGCUGUAGUUGGAAUACUUUCUCAUUUUAGUAAAACUGUCCUUUUAUUCUUUAUUCCGCAAAUUUUCAAUUUUAUAUACUCUUGUCCACAAUUAUUUAGACUGGUAGAUUGUCCGCGGCAUCGAUUGCCUAGGUUCAAUCCGUCGGAAAACAAGUUAGAAUAUAGUAGGGUUAAAAUACAAAAGCCCUUAAAAAAACCAGCUAGUUUUGUACUCGAUUUAUUUGAGUUAUUACGUCUUGUCAAAGUAGAUAAGGGAGAAACUAGCAUUGAAGUUAAUAAUUUCACAUUAAUGAAUUUAUUAUUGUUAAAAAUUGGUCCUUUACAUGAGCGGACAUUAGCAAUUCUUGUCGUGGUUAUACAAAUUCUAGCAAGUUGUUUAUCAUUUUAUAUAAGAUACCACCUGGUACAUUUCUUUUAUGAAGUUAUAUAG